AUGAAGAUGGAUCCCGCCGUCAACGCCUCGGCGCCCACCUCGACCUCCACCACCCCCACCCUAUCUCCCAAAUCGACCCCUCACUUCCCCUCUCGCGCACACUCGGCUUCCAUCUCCUCGGUCCACUUUGCGUCUCCUCUUCCUCGUCGCCUGGGGUCCGCAUCCGGCAAUACCGACGGCUCUCCACCGAGAGCGUCUACUUAUCCUAUCGAAGGUUUGGAGCGCAAGGCCCCCGCGCCAGUCACCCCUGCGCCGACUCCCAAGGGGAGUGGAUACGGCAACGGAAUCGCUCUUGCACAUGGCAAGCGGGCGUCUAUCGUCACGGGCGGCUACGAGAGCAGCUCUGACGAUGAGCCCGCUCCGACUCGUCGUCGAGCGGAAACGCUGAACUUCCCCAUCUCCGCUCCGCCCAGUAGCAGAAGCUCGUCCGACAAGAGCUUGGUCGCCAAGCAGCCCCGACUGGCUGCGUCCCGCCAUAGCUCUCGCGAUCUCCUUCGGCCGUCAUCGUUUCGUCCCUCGGUCACUUCCAAUCCGCCAUCCCGGGUGUCGUCGCACUCGUCACGCAUCAAACCCCCCAAGUCGGAACAACCUUCCCCUGCGGCUAGGAGGGCGUCCCCUACCCGUCGAGAUCCCAGACAGAAUGUCGUGAGCAGUCCAGACUCCUCGCGGAGUAGGAAAGGAAAGGAACGGGCGGAGCCGAGGCGGGAUCUGCUGGCUAGCAGCUUGGGUCUAGGAGCUGCUGGGACUGGGGCAGCCUUGACAGCAGAACAAAUCAACGCUCUCCUCGCUGAUUCCGAUGUCGGAACCGCUAUACGGAUCAUGGGCAAUACUCCGCAACCUUCGCCUGUACCACCUCCGCGUGAAGCCCCCUCUCGACCUACAUCCCCCGAAUACCAUCAACCCUUCCUCGUGUCCGCCCCUCCCGCUCUGACAGGCGAGAACGGUCAUACUCGGGACCGCACCAUCAGUGUAUCCACCGUCGCGUCCUCGCCCCGGCGUCCAGGUCGUCAAGGCUCCAUGGAUAUCCCAGAUGCCGGGACGAUGGCACGUCGGCGUCGAGCAAGUUCUCGUGCGAUGCAGGCGAUGGAGGAUGGAGGACACGUACCCUUCACCCAUUACGUUCCUCCCUCCCCCACUGUCGAGUCGGGCGAUGAAACGGAGCAGGCGCCGUCCGUGGCGGCGUCGACCGAUCCACCAAGCCUCAAGCCACCAGAUCCCAAGGGUGGAAAGCGGAAACGGAUCUCUGCCUUAUUUGGACUCAAGCACAAGACAUCCGAGUCGUCCGUGGCGGAGGCGCCUACCAUUGAGCCCAUUCAAAGUGAGGAGAAGCAGAAGCGCGAGACGGAUAUGAGGGAAAAGGAACGUCAGCGACGACAGGAUGAGAUCGAAGAAGAUCGCUACUUUCGUGCCUUGCAGCAAGUCUCGGCGCAUCCCCAUUCCGUUCGCUUGGCCGACCAAGCCAAGGUCCAGCUCUGGACGCGGUACGAGCACGUCUUUGAUGGCUUGGAGAACCCUCCACGCCUCAACCCAGUCGCUAUCCUUCGCUGGAAACACAAGGUGGAGGAGCAAGACGCAGCUCGGAAAGCAUGGGAGUCGCGCAAGCAGCAUCUCGGCGCCUCGGUCGAAUCGUUCACCUCGUCCAUCUCCAAAAAGAGCCAAGACCCUUUUGCGCGGUGGGCGUACUCGAUGGACGAUAUCAGGCGGUACAAGGAGGUCGAGGGGCAUGUCGAAUACUUUAUUCCGCCGCCUGAGCCGGCGCUGGCGAGCGUGGACGAGCUCACCGCGUUGGAGCAUCCCGCUUCGUCCAAGGGGAGUGUCCAAGAGGAUGUCCUUCCCCAGAUCAGGGCGGUCAGUAAUUCCUCGUCGACGGAUCUGCUCAGGCGGUCGGAUAGUCGGGGGAGCUUUGAGCCGUUGUCGAGGAGUCCGAGUAUUGAUCAUCGCAAGCAUAAAGUGAGUUACGCCAUGGGCAGUGCUGAUCAGAUAUCUCACCGCACGUCUCACUCCCUCGGAGGGCAUCUCGGCAAUCCGCUAUCCCUCGCGGCGCACACCAUGGACAAGAUUGGCUUGCAUCGUCGGUCGAAGGCUCAGCCUCUCGGCGACAUGUCGGACUCGACCAUGGACGACUCGCCAGUUGUUCGCCCGCUACGAACAAACGGUGGUCAUGACGCUGGUGUACUGCGGAGCCGUACGGACCGCUUCCGUCGGCCGUUUGAAAGCCACAACCGCGGGUCAAUGACAGACGAGGAGACCAAGGAGGGUCGUUUUCGGACUCGGCUCCGAUCGGAUAGAGCUCCUCCUCCGCGGACAGUUGACCAACCUGUCGAGGUUCCUGUCGAGUCGGUCCAUUCGCAGGAGGCGGAGGAAAGGAAUGCGGAGCGAGUCCGGCUACAAUCCCUUGCGGAGGAGGCGAGAGUCAAGGAGCUGAGAGAGGCGGAAGCGGUGCUCUACAUCGAACGCUCAAGAAAGCUCAAAGCUGCUCGUGCUGGACUUCACCGUGUCAAUGCCGCUGUACAAGUCGCGAGUGACAAUAUCCGUCACUACAGUAUCCAGCUCGAUCAAAUCAGCCACUCUGCAAAGCUCACCACUGGGAUCGACCUCCAGCAACCUCUGAUCACACCUAUUGGUCGACAAGGUGCUUUGCAGCGGCUAGCCAAGGUCCACGCCGAAGUCGACAGGCUAGACCAUACCCGGGUCCAUGCUGCGGACGAGCUCAGAGCCAUGGUAUACAGUAUAGACCAGCUGCUAUCCAAGACGCAAGUCAUGGAGCACUGGGCUCGGCGGAACGAGGAAGAGAUCAAAGUACUCAAGCAUACCCGAGAUCGCCUCCUCCCAAACUCUUCCCAACAAUCCUCCUGGGUCAACCGCCGAUUUGACAAGCGUUGGGACCAGGCAGGUAGCGGGAUCAUGCUGGUCGUCAGGUCCUUCUUCAACCUCCUGGGAUACGUCGCGGUACUCUUCGGUCGUCGCUGCCGCCUGGAGGACGGGACGCUUCUGUCCAGAUCAGGGCAGAUGACCUGGGCGGGCGGCUAG